GAGGGUGGGGAGGGGCUUUCGGGCGUGGCGACGGGCAGCUGCGCUCCGUGACGGUGCCCUCUCCCCGCAGCGUUUUUCCAGUGGAGCGCUACGGUUGAGUGCCACUUCCUCAACGGCACCGAGCGGAUGAGGUUUCUGGUGAGGCACGUCUACAACCGGCAGCAGUACGUGCACUUUGACAGCGACGUCGGUCUCUUUGUGGCCGACACGGUGCUGGGAGAGCCUUCUGCUCAGCUCUUCAACAGCCAGCCGGACGUGCUGGAGAAGAACAGGGCUGCGGCGGAAAUGCUCUGCGGCUACAACUACGAGAUCGUGGCCCCUUUGACGCUGCAGGAGAGAGCGCCCGAGGUGAGGAUCUGCGCGCU